AUUGGGGUACCGGUGGCGACCCGGGUGGCGUUAAGAGACGUCUGGAGGCAGGGUUGCGCUCCGGGAUCGACGACAUGAUUAAGAAUAUCAAGAAUAAGCUUAAGAAGGCUGGACGACUGACCUACCCCGGCGGUGCUGCCCUGGAUUUCCAGAAUCCCUCCAUGGGGCGAUAUGGCGAUUUGAAUGCUGCUGUCAAGAUGAGGCCAUUCAAAGCCGAUGGUCGCAUCAAAGUACCAGAUGUAAAGGACAACGGCGGCAGCAGCAUGUCCAUACAGCAGCAUUAGCCAUCUCUGACAUGCCACUCGUGAAUCCCGACUUCCGCGGACCGGUCAUCUCCUCGCACAAGCUGACUUGGACCGCACGCUCAUCUACGACACCGGAUAUCGACGGGAAGCUGACUUUGACAAUACGGGGUAGCAACGAUAACUCCAAGACUGUGAGCCUGGCGGCUUGUGUGGUGUUCUUCAAUGUUGGGGACGAUGAGGGCAAUGGGUGUCUAUUUAGGGGUGGGAGCAAAUUCAAGUAUCGCAGUAGAGGUCCAUUUGUCCCUCAGGAAGUUGAGGAGGGGGAAGAAGUCGAUGAGCCCAAGCCGAAGGAUACUGUGACACUCACUUGGUCCCCUGACAUGUACACGACCACCGCAACCAUCAACAGCCCCAAGGACACGCCGGUGGUAUUUCCAGGAACAAACCCGGCACCGGAGCCUCCCGUCGUUCCAUGGGAGAUUGAAAUCCAAAGUGGUGGCUUCUGGGAUGAGGCCAUGAACGUCCCACCCGGGGCAUGGUUCCAGUUGGACAUCACUGGCACCCCUGCCGUGCAUAAAGGUGGCCCCAAGUUGGUGAGGGUGAGGGAGAAGACGCAGGAUAAGGCGGGAAAGAUUAUUGCGGAGUGGGAGAAGGAGUAUCAGGCUGUGUGGUAUGAGUGAGGGGGUGCUGCUUCGGUAGUUGGUAGGCCGGAAAGGACUGAUGAUCUAGGUAGGUAGGCACUGAGUAGGGGGAACAAAAUCAUCGUACUCAAGUAGUAGGCAGUGUAACACGGGAAAGUUUGCAAGGAUAUUACUGGUAGUAGGCAGUUUGAGGCCACAUCGUGACGAAAGCAAGGCAGCAUCCGCAGGCGCUACAGA